ACUCAGUACCAUUAGACUUAGACGUUAGUAAGGAGAAGGAAGUAUGGCUUCCAAUACUUCCAGCAUGAAAAAAAUUGUUUGUAAAGAUUUACAUUCAUAUCUUCGGACUUUGCCACCUACUGUUCUAGAUCGUUUGUACUGUCACCCUGCUACCUGCUUAGCAGUCUUUCGGUAAUUUUCUUACAUCUAUCAAAUCUAUCGUCUAUUUUAUUAUAAAAUGACACACUAUAUCACUAUCUGUCAUACUAAUAUAAUAUACUAUACUAUACUAUACUAAACUACUAAACAAUUACUAACAUACAUUAGACUUAGACUAUAACUCUAUACUAUAUACUAAUACUUUCUAUUGCGCACAAGAAAUUAUUUCUACAGUGUAUGAAUUUUUAUAAGCUUCGCUAAGUUUCGGGUUUGAAACAAUUUUAAAUGAAGUUUCAGGUUUCAAGAAAUUUUUAGAAAGAGAUUUCAGGGUUCACAGCUUUCAUUGAGUGGGACCCCUGUAAAUACUGAGCAUUACUAGCACUAGCAUCAUAAAUGAUAAGGCAUCAUAAGGUUAAAAUGAAGUAUAUUAAAAUUAAAAAAAGAAAUUUUCCAUAAAUUUGUAUUAAAAUUCAACUAACUUACAUGAUUCAAAAGAAAAGUUUUUUUCUAUUUAAUAAUAUUGAACAAAUUUUUCUGCUCAAACUCAAAGAUUUAUAUAUUUUUAAAAUUAAAAUUGCUUCAUUUUCAGAUAGUAUAGAUAUUAUAUUUUUUUGUAACUAAAAUGUUAUAGCACUAGCCUGAUUGGAUUAAGUGUUAUUUAAUAUGUUGUAAAACUAAAUAUUUUGACAGAUGUCAUUAACAGCAGCUUAUGACUAUGAGUAUGUGAUCAUGUUUUAAGAAAUAUAAUUCCAGUAAUUAAUUCACAAUUUUGUUUUGUGAAGCAUUGUAGUAAGGAUGUCUCCUCAAAAUUUGAGCACUCUAUCACUCUAUCUUUAAUAGCAACAACAAAAACAAAAAAAAAGAAAAAAAAAAAAGAUACAAAUAAAAUUGUACAAAAAGAGUAAUGAUUUGAUCAUAGUUUUUUAAAAAAUUUUGGAAUUAAAAAAACAAAGCUAAAUAGUGGGUAAAAAUAAGUCACUAUAAAAAAAUCAUAAUUUUUCUCCUAUAAAUUAUAAAUGAUAAAAAGAUUAUAUUGGUGUCAUUGGAAAGCUGAAAGCCAGCCCUUUCUAGUGAUAUGCUGUAUAUGUCAGAUGCAUGUGAAUAAUUUGUGUUGUAGUACCUUAAACAAUAAAGUUGCUUCCCUCAGUUUUGCAUUCAGCCUUACUUUUCUUUAUUAGCGGUAAAUAAGUUAUUAUUUGUAUGUAAAACAUGGUCAAAAUUUAUUUACAGGUACAGGAACAAAUUUUAAUUUAUAAACUGUUGUUUAUUGUAAAUGAUUGUACAUUAAUCCAUUAUGGUAUUUCGCUGAAUAUGAUGCAAAUUUGUCUAUAAUUGAUAGCAAAAGCAUCAAUUAACAAGUACGAAUGAAAUAAUUUUAAUAUUUUAAAUUCAUUAUAUAAUAAAUUAACAGCAGUAUGUAAAAACUAAAACCAGAGACUUUGGUCAUAGAAUGAGGUGAUGCAGUCCAUACUACCAGUACAAAGACACUAGGUCCAGACACUUUAAAAAAUGGACAGUUAAAAAAAAUUCAUAUCCACUAAACUACUAAAGCUAGUUGAUGUUGUUUUUUGGAAAUUAAAAAUUUCCGCUGUUGGGGCUAGGUUCAUUCCUAUUUAGGAUUAGGCCUGUUUUAGUGGAUGAAAGCACUGGGCUCUACCCAUUGCAUGUAAUAUUAUGCUUAGGGUGCAUCAGCUUCUACCCAUCGUGUAUCAUAUCUCUCACCCUACCCAACACCAGUCUAAUAUUAUUACAUAAUCAGGCUGUCAUAUUCAUACAAAUCAUAGGCCUGUGUCUUCAUUGUUUUGGUAGAUAGCCUAAGACUAUAAUAACUAAUUAUUAUAAUUAGUAAUACUAAGAAUGUAUAAUUUGAGCUUUGUCGUUAGUAAACUCAAUGCACAAUACAAAUAAAAAAGCAGCUUAUUGCAUUAUCAUUUUUAUUAUCGAAUCUCAAACAAAUACUUGUGAAAAGCUAGUGAACAAAGCAAUAACAAUUUUUUUCACUUGGUGCAUUAAUAGUCUAAAGUUUUAAACAGUAUUUAAUAACUUAGAAAAUGAACCAAUUUUUUCAUUGUAUUGUAUUAACCAAUUUUUUCAUUGUAUUGUAUUAAUUUUUAUUUCAGAGAUAUCCCAGAGUUAUCUCGUCACUAUGUUAUGCGUAUUCUAUAUGUGGAGCAAGCCGUAGCCCAGGCAGUUGUACAGCAGUGGAGCACAGCACCGCCCGAGUAAGGCAUCCAGAUUUUGUAGCUUUAUGAGUGAUGAAAGAAAACAAGAAAAAAAUAAUGCUAUGUCUGUCACAAUAAUAGAGUAGUAGUUUAUGUUGCUAUGAAGUUUUGUUUGAAUAACAUUUUUUAUAUUUUUAAAAUCGUUAUUAAGAAAUGUAAAAUGGCCGUUAGUACAACUCAUCAAAAUACAUGAAACAGGUGCCAUUAAGUUCAAAUAAUAAAUAUUUCAGGGAGCAGUUUGAAGCAGCAGCUGCUCUAGUGGAGUUGAGAGUCUGGUAUGAACAGCCUCUUCCUGGUGGUAUGCCAGGCUGGCUGUUGAACCAUGUGUUCAGGACUAACCUGGUUACAGCUCUUUUAGGAGGGUAAUCAUUUUCUGAGCCACUCAAAUAAGAUUGUUUAUGUUUAUUUAAUUUGAUAUAAAAGUUUGAACACAUCAAUGGCAUUGGAAUAUCACAGAGUCACACAGAGUGUCUUAUCCAUUGUGUCAUGUGAUGGUAGAGGUAAACAAGUUUAGGCUAAUCCUAGUUACGAUUGCCACGACUUAUUUUCCAGGGAGUGACUUCCCUUUGUUUAUUUUUACUAAAUUAUUUUAGGGAUCGAUUUAGGGUUCAGGUUAGGCAUAGGGAUAGAUGACUGCACGUGACGUUUUAACCAAGAUGGCAGCCAUUGAGAAAAUAGUGGCAGUCGUAGUCAAAAUUUACCCACGUUUAACUAGUAUUUUCAAAUAGCUUAAAUCCUAACUUCUUUUCAAUAAAAAAAAUUGACAGAGUUGACAUUGGCACAUUCAACAUCUCAAAUAUGUGCUUUGUUUCCAUGCCCAAACUUGUUGGCUUAUUAGCAGGCUUUGGGGGUAUAGAAAUAGUGUGUUAUUAGCAGGCUUUAGGUAUAGAAAUAGUGUUUUAUUAGCAGGCUUUAGGUAUAGAAAUAGUGUGUUAUUAGCAGGCUUUAGGUAUAGAAUUAGUGUAUUAUUAGCAGGCUUUAGGUAUAGAAACAGUGUGUUAUUAGCAGGCUUUAGGCAUAGAAACAGUGUGUUAUUAGCAGGGUUUAGGUAUAGAAAUAGUGUGUUUUAAUCAUAGCAUAGCCUGUGCCUUUAUAAAUUGUAAAUUAUUAGUCUUUAUAAUUUCAGUGGCACCUCUUGGAUUGGUAGUAAAGACCUGACUCCAGAUAAAUAUGCCAAAGACAUCCUUUUUCUAGACAAGUAUGCCUUAGAAAGGUGGGAGGUAGGUGAUCUACCAUCUCUGUUUGGAAGUCUGAUAAAACCCCAAAAAAUGUGAACAAAUAUUUGGGAACUGCAUUAUUAAUUGAUUAGCUGGAUUUAGUGGAUUGAUUUUUGUCACUUCUUUUAUUGAGACAGCUUCCCUUAACUGGUAUUCACAAAUAUUUCUUGUUGUUGUAUUGAUGCUAUCAAUUUUAUUGAUGGUCAUUGCAGUGUGUACUUCACUUCAUGGUUGGCUCCAAUGAAGGAACAGACGGAGUCAAUAAAGACAUAACUGAUGUCCUGUUGCACAGUGGACUCAUGAGGGUGUAAGUCAUUCAGUAGAACCUGCUCUUUAUAUCCAUUGGGGUGUUAAUUAGACUUACCUAAAUUAUAUUAUUGUUACUGAUAUAAAGAUAUCUGCUUUUUUGAUGUAUCAUUGAGAUCAAGGAUUGGCAAUCAUCUUUGAGUUGGUUACAUCUGAGUUGAAUGCCAUCAGUUAUCUAAAGCCAACAUUAAUGCAUUAAAAUUUUUGCAAGAAUAAUCCUGUGGGUAGGAUCUGGCUUAUGUCUUUGUAACUCCUUUAUUCAUAUGAUGCAUAACUGUAAUUAAAUAUGUAAAAUAAGAAUUUUUAAUCUUUUCACCCUGAGCUGAUUAAAAAAAGAUUUGGAUUGUUUUGCUUCGUAAUUUAAGUCAAAUGCUCUUGUAUCAUUUAGUGAUGACGGCGAACCUUCCAUCACAGCUGAAGGGUUUCAAUUUUUAUUGAUGGACACAUCGUCUCAAGUUUGGUUUUUCCUUCUACAAUAUCUUGAUACUGUGCAGGUGUGUACUUUUUCUUUGUUUUUAUUCACAACUUUACACACUUUAACAAAAUAGACAAUUUAAACAAAUCAUUAAAUUUUUAUUGAAAGGCAUUGGUGGUUGUUAGAAAUUGUAAACUUGAAUAAAUGUCUUAAGGAACAAAUGUCUAAGUAAUCAUUGUUUAACGUAUUGUUUCUUUGGCAGAAACUAUUAUUAUAUGGUUAUUGGCUGAAAAUAGGUCCCAUAAGUACUGAGUUAAUCAGAUUUAGUUUGAAGACUCAUCCCUGAAAGCAGCAGCAGCAUAGCUUCAACACACACAACUCUUCUUUUCUCAAUGGAUUGUGCCAGAAAAAGUUCAAUGACAUGCUUUGUUAGCUGAAAUGAUUCUCUCUCUUUCAGUCUAGGGGCAUGGACUUGGUAGAGUGUCUGGCUUUCCUAUUCCAGUUGAGCUUCUCAACACUAGGAAAGGUAAGGAUCAAGUUAUGGGCAUUUUAAUUUUAAGAUAACGUUAAUGGCAUUUUAAUUUUAAGGGUUUCUUUCAGCAAGUAUUACUUUACCACAAUUUUAUAGAGAGAUUUACCGCAACAGGUCUUUACUUACAGAUACCCUACUUCAUAAUUGAAAGUGUCUGCCGUUUGUUUUGUAACUUUUAUGAUAACUUUAAAAAAGUGAUAAAAACUGAUAAAAUUAAAUGAGCAAACUUGUACACAUAUUUUCAAAGAAGGAAAUUAAAUCUCCCUUUAAAUUAUUAAAAUUUAACUUGUAAAAAGUGAAGAACACUUUUAAACAUUUUUUUGCUCCAAGUCAUCUAUUGACUUCAUUUAUUCUGCUGUCAACUUUCUUUAGGACUACUGUACACAAGGAAUGAGUGAAAACCAGCUGCGUUUUCUGCAACACUUGCGAGAGUUUGGCCUGGUCUAUCAGAGAAAAGUUAGUACAAAAAAAUAAAACGAAUUAAGGAAUUUUAAAGUUUUUUAUAACCUUUAUUUUCAUAAUUCAGUAUUAAAUUCACCAAGAUAUAUUUCAAUUGUUGCUGACAAAUUUCUUAAAAAAACAGUUAUAUUUCUUCUUUUUUUUUAAAAUUUAAUUUAAAAUACACAAUUUUGACAGAAAUAAUUUUCCACGUUUUUCUUGAAUUGAUAAGGAAAUUGGUUUUAUAAUCAAGUUUCUUGUAUAACAAAAAUUGAUCAACAUCUUUCUUUUAGUUGAGUUCUUUAAACUGACAUUUCUAUUGUUCAGCGUAAAUCUCAUCGCUACUACCCAACGAGACUGGCUGUCAACAUUGUGUCGGGACUCUCUAAAAGUAACAUUGACACUCACAGACCUGGCUUCAUUGUUGUGGAGACCAACUACAGAGUCUAUGCAUACACAGAUUCCCCCUUACAAGUGGCCCUGCUUGCUUUGUUCUGUGAAAUGUUGUACAGGUCAGUUGUUUUAUGGACUAAUAGUAUAACCUGAUUAUCUCUAGAGGUCCAUCAUUUCUUUUAAGGACACUUUGAAAUGAUUAUCCCACAAAGUCCAUUUCUCUUUGAAUGAUGCAGUAUAAGAUGGAACUAUCACAACUACCAUGAUGUCAGUUUGCUUAUUUAAAGAAGUGGAUCAAAGUAGGGAAAUGCACAAAACAUACCUGUGUAAUGAGACCUGCAUUUAAAUUAGUGUACACAAAUCUAGGCAUUUAAAAGUGUUCUUCAGUGGUUGUAGUUUGGAUAAUUACCCAGUCCAGAUAUUAGCCUCAGGUGAAUAAAAUUUAAUGUUGAACUGCUUAUCUUUAAAAAAAAAAUCGGUCAUUUUUUAAAAUUGGAAAAGCAAAGUACAAGCUGUACCACGAAAUACACUCGGGGGAAAUCCAAUAAACUAUUAUAAAAUUUCACAGCUUUUAAGACAAACAUUACAAUUCAAUUUGCUUGUAAUUUGGGUCAGGUUUCCUAACAUGGUGGCGGCCAAUCUGUCAAGGUCCAGUGUGAGAGAAGCCUUGGCAAGGGGCAUAACUGCUGAUCAGGUCAGUUUGUAGUUCUCUGAAGAAGAAAAAGUAAAUAGGAGGAUUUACAGACAUGUUAAAAUGAGUUGGUGCAAUUGAUAUAAUAUAAGACUGCGGCUAUUCGGAUCCGGGUCCGAGAAGUGAGAGUUUGGGUUUACCGGUAUUAAAAAAUAUUUUAAAAUUAUUGUAGGGUUUUUAAGACAAAAUUUGGUAUCAAAUGAAAGAUAAUUGAAUGGACUAUAUGUUUGUAAACUUACUUCUUAAUUUCAACUAAAAUAAACUACCACAAAUGACAUCCGAAUAGCAUUUAGUCAAAAUGGAACCGGAAACACAUCGCCUCUAUACUGAACCGGGUCCCUUUAGACUCAAUGCUAUUUGGAUGUCAUUUGUGGUUGUUUAUUUUAGUUAAACUGAAGAAUUAAGUUUACAAACAUAGAAUAUAUAUAUUUAAAAAAAAAAUUUAAAUCCCAACCUCUAACUUCUCGGACCCGGAUCUGAAUAGCCACUUUGAUACUAUAAAGUAUAGAGAGGAAUAUUUUACCAUAAUGCACACAUGGUUUAAUAAUUUUAUUCUUCCAAAUCCACAUUACAAAUUACCACCAAAAAAAACCUGAAAUUAAAACAACUUUUACCAUUGCAUUUAAAUUUUGUUUAAUUUGAAGGUUUUAAAAUAGCUUCUCCAUUUACAGAUCCUCCAUUUCCUUCAGAGCCAUGCACAUCCUGAAAUGUUAAAAAAGGUAGGAAGAAAUGUACUUAAACUUUAGAAGUAGGUCAUUUGAGGAACAACUUUUGGUUUGUGUACAGUUUUAUUCAAGGAACUUAUUUAUUUAAUUGUACCGGUACACUUUCUUCUUGCUAUUUGGCUCAUUUAAAUGUGAGGAUCUGCCAUUGGUUUAACUUUAAUGGUAAACAUAUUUUAAAAAAUGAAGAUGACAUUAACAUAAAGAUAAAGCAAUCUAAACUCCAUUUAUGCUUGUUGACAUACAAUUAUUUCUACUUUAGUAUGACUUAUUCAAAACCUAAAAUUCUUGUCAUAAAUCUAUGAAAUGAUGCUAUCUUUUGUAUGGGGAGAAACAAAAAUUCAAACAAUAAAAUUUUCUGAUUAACUGUGUAUUGGUUAAAAAAAGUCCACAUUUGUUCCUAAGGUUAGGCUAAGCAUAGGUGUAUUUAUGGUUUAAUAUCACAGUUGUAAGUACAUUCAAAAUUGUAUGUAGUAUUUAUGCCCCUUGUACCCAGAGCCCAGUUGUCCCUCCAACAAUCAGAGACCAAGUGAAACUCUGGGAACUAGAGAGAGACAGGUUCAAGUUCAAUGAUGGAGUAAUGUACAACCAGUUCUUGUCACAGGCAGACUUUGAGUUGCUCAGAAAUUAUGCAAAGGUAAUGACAAAGUGUUAUUUUGUAUCAACGUGUUCACUGUGUUAUUUUUUUGUAUCAACUUGUUCACUGUGUUAUAUUUUUUUUGUAUUUAUGUUUUCACACUAUUAUUUUGUUUAUUUGGCUCACAUUAUUUUUGUUAAAAAGCCCUUUGCUACCAGGUAAUGGAGCAACAUUUUUAUUGUUUCUUUAUUCAUUUGAUUUAUGAAGUCUGCUAAUUAAAAUGUAUCUUCCAGUUAGAUACAUCAUAUUAAGUCUGUAAAUUUAAAAUAUCUUUAACUAAGAUCCCUCUAAGUUUGCCAUUUAAAAAUAUACCUUCCAGUUAGAUAGCUCAUAGUAAGUCUGUAAAUUUAAAAAUAUAUUCCGGUUAGUAGUUUGAUACAGCUAAUAAACUCUGCUAAUUUGACUUCCUGUAAGAUACCUUAUUAAGUCUGGUAAUGUUUCCCACAGGACAUUGGUGUAUUAGUCUGGGAAAUGCCAGAGAAAAGAGUGCUAAUAGUAACUAAAUCAGGUCAUGAUGAUGUCAAAAAAUUCUGGAAACGCCAAAAAUCAUCUUCCUCCUGAUCUCCCUUAAAAACCACUGACAGAAGUUAUUUCCUGCAUGUGAGAGAGUAAAGUCGACUGCAAAGAUCUCAGACGUACAUUAUCGUGACACAUCGCAUUCUGAUUGGCAUGGUGGUUGCCACUGAGCUUAGAUCUCAGACGUACAUUAUCGUGACACAACACAUUCUGAUUGGCAUGGUGGUUGCCACUGUACUUCCUAGCCUAUGUGCACAAGUUAUUUGUCUGACAUGAGACAAAGAGGGACCAACUACUACUCUGCCGCAGGGUGGUUUAAAGCCCUAAAAGUUAAAGGAUGAAACAGUUUCUCUGACCUUUGAUCUAAACUGCCAGAAAGUUGGGAGAACAACUUCUUGUUCUGCAUUUUGUUGUUGGAAUAAAAAAAAAAAUUAAACUUCUAAUUUUGUGAA